UCAGGGAAUGUGUUUGUCGUUGUUUGGUCGUCGACGUCUCAGGCAUGGCGGCCUCGAGGGCGUUGGCUGCGGCGUUACUGCGAUCCUCCGCGCGAUCAUCGUUGGCGGGAUUUCGCUCUUCAUCUUCACUCGCCUCGAACGACACCCCAGGAUCCGGAUUUGCUCUUUCCCGGCUGCUUUCGAGUGCGUUGUCAAGAGUCUCAACCUCACAUGCCGAUGGCUUGAGUUUGAUGAAGCUCCCUAGGCAGCCGGUCCUCGUGCCGGCCCUUGGUGGCGUUAGGCAUUAUGCGAAGAGAGCGAAGAAAUGGCAAGGCGCUCCGUAUGCAAUGCUGCCUGUACCUCCGGAAGGGGAAGAAAUUCCUGAUUCCCGACCGAAUCAGGGGAGUGUUAGGAAUCGGAAUCAUCAAAAGCGCAUGGCACAGCGAGCCGAAUUUGCUAAGAUGCAAGCGCACACUCGGAGGGAGCAGAAGAGAAUAGCCAUCACUGCUCGUGAUACUGCUAGGAGAAAGAGAUGGAAAGAAGGUGCUGAAAGAUCUAAAGCAUGGGCCCAAGUGUGUGCCGACCGGGCCGCCAAAGAAGUUCCUUUAGCCGUUUAGAGGACGCCUGUCGCGUAGACCUCAAUUUCAGCAGUUUUUUAUGUUCAAAAACCUGAGUAUUCUCUUUCAAAUAAGGGAGCGCCUUCUUCACUUCGGGUAACCACAGCAAUAAUAUAGAUUAGUUCCAUCUACAAAGUUCAUAUUUGCUGCAGCGCUAGGACAGGAGGUGAUGACCUUGGAUGUUAAGUGCAGUUUCAAGGUAUGAACAAAAUUUAUUACAUUUUACAAGGAUACCAUAACCUUCUGAAGCCUGCGUUCUGACGUUGUCAAAGAUCUGGGUUUCAGGUUCUAGACCAAAUCUUUUCGUUUGUGAAAGUGCACAGGAAGCAGCAAUCUUAAGUUCGUACAUGCUUGCUUCUCGUUGCUAACAAGCAAUGAUUACUUUUCCAUGCUUAAUUUGACAGUGUCAAAAAAUUAGCUUCAUAAA